UGUUCAACCUGAGAGCAGAAGAAUGAAAAGUGCAGUUCUGCAGUUAUAAUUUAUCCAGUGACCACCUUUUACAACGUAAUCACAUUGUUUUUCGAAUUUUCGCGAUUUUUCCCCUUUUUUCGGUGUAGAUUAAAUUGAAUUUUAUUCGCACUGUUAGCUUGUCAUGAUUUUUACUGAAACGAAAGAAAAAUAAUUUUCGUAUAACAGCUCGAUCGAAAAUGCUCAACUCGAUGUACUACCAUUGGACAAAACGUCACCACGAAUCGACCGAAAACGCCACCAAUCUGCAACCGGAUAUCGCUCUAAUCGUAGGAAACGUUCACAACGCGGUGAAAUUUUUCGCUCAUAAAUUCAUCCUGUCCAAUCACAGCGGCUACUUCAAAACGCUCCUAGCCACGUACAAAGGCUACGAAGUACACAUAUCCAACAUUAACGCUCAAACGUUCGCUUAUCUGCUCACCUUUAUGUACACCGGUCAUCUAGACCUGAACGCUCUCAAUGUUUACGAACUUUUUCUCGCCAGCAAUCUGCUACAUAUCACCGAAGCUCUCGCUCUGUGUCGACAAUUCAUCGCCGAAUCGCAACAACAACAACUAUCAUCAUCCAGUAAAUCCAUCGUCAAACCAAUACCUCGUAAAAAGAUCUUUGUUCCGAACACCAGUCCGCCUUUCGACGGAAUCCAAACGUUGAAAUAUCAACCUUUACGUACGUCCAACGAUCUCUCGCCGUCCAUCUUUAAACCGGUAGGAAAUCUAAUAAAAUCCGACUUCGCCGAAGAUGAUACGAAUCGUAAUCGAACAACCGUAGUCGACGAAAACGUAACGAAAUCGCCUUCGAUCAACGAGGACGUCGAAAAUCCGCCGCCGAAUCAUUCGAAAAAAUCCAACACUCCGCCUAACGUAAUUUUGGACAUUGCCUGUUGCGACGGACCGAUUAAAUUUCGUAAAGUUAUCAACAAAUACUACGAUCCUAAUAAAGCAAUCACCAACGGUUGUUCUUCCAAAGAUCAAACUAAUACGACGCAAAUCAACGUCGCCUGUCAAGGAUGCAAACACGUGUUUAAAAAUUAUCACAAAUUUAAAAAAAACAACACCGCUGGGAGCAGCAACGGAGGUGCAAAUGCAAUUACAACGUCACAGAGUACCAAACCAACGAAUUCGGCAGAGUUGAAGAGUAAGAAGAAAACCGAAACUAGUAAUUUGCAAUGUUACACCUGUAAAACUUGCGGAUCGAAGUUCCCUAGUUAUUAUUUCGUUCAUAAACAUCGAAAGCUGCAUCAUUCGGAGACACGAGAUAACUCUGAUUAGACAGUGAUUUGCGUUACGUAAAUUAAUCGAAGAUAUUUUAAUCGUAUUUAAAUAUAGAAAUUUUAAAAAAAAAAACGAUUAGUUUAUUUCUUUUAUCGAAGAAUUUUUCAAGAGGUAGUAAAAUUUGACGGGCAUUUCCAAAAAAUUGGACAGCAAAUGGAAAAAAAAACAAAACAUAACGGAUUAGUUUUCUCAAAAACGAAAAUUUGAUAUUUUUAAAAAUCGAGUGUUAAAAAUUGAUUCCAGACCUAAUAUUGAUCAAUUUUUCGAUUCCAGCAGAAUUGGAAUUUUUCUCCAAUUUCUUCAUGUGUGAGGGAAGGGGGAGGACAUAGAAAAAAAUGUAGAUAAAAAAUUCGUUAUUUUCCUAAUUGAGCAGUCUCAAAGAAUA